AUGGACGAGGAUCAGACUCUUUUGCCCGAUGAGAUUACGUCUGAUACCGAAGAAGUCGCAGUUGAGACCAACAGUGAUAUCGAGCUUGAGGGCUAUGCACGAAGUCAAGAGUCAACAAAUUUGGUCAACACGGACGCACCAGAGGCAUAUACCGGCCUUGAUAUAUCUCGCGAUGUUGGUCUUGACGGACGAUGUUUUCGACUCCUUCGACUCAAGCCCGGCAGAUUUGAGGACGUCCUUAGGUGUGACCUAACCCGUCGACCGAUCUAUGCUGCAGGCAGAUAUGUUGCUGUAUCAUAUUCGUGGACGAAUCAGCCAGCGAGUGAGACAUUACUAGUAGGCAUCAGAUCAGAUCAACUGGCGAUCACUGCUCAUCUUGCCGCCGCUCUACGUCGACUCCGGAACACACACUCGCCAGUGAGCGUGUGGAUCGAUGCCAUUUGCAUCGACCAGAGCAGCCUGGAGGAUCGCGCCUGUCAGGUAGAAGUCAUGCACGAAAUUUUCGGUGGGGCAGCAGAUGUCAGAGUAUGGCUUGGAGAAGACGAUCCCUUAACUGGAGAACCUGCGACCGACACUAUGGUCUUGCUGCGAUUAUGCCGAUCGCCUGCGCCUUGGUGGAGUCGUCUUUGGGUACUACAAGAGUGUGCAUAUGCUCAACAAUGUUCAAAGGUAAUGGUUGGAGGCCAGAUCCUGGACAAGCGUGAGUUUAUUUGUGCGUGGAAGAAUUGUGUGAUGUACGUUGAAGAUAAAGUCACUGCGUCAAUCCUGGAAGCACAUCUGAGACUUGCUCAACAGCUCUUAGACGCGUACAGGAACCAGAACAGGCAGGACGUCAUCGAAGCGGUCUACUUGAUCGACUACGUGAAACAGCCAGCCGAGAUCGCAGUGUACCGCACGAUCGAGUGUACGCCUUGCUCAAUCUGA